AGUGGUGAGGUCUUGUGUGGAGGCCAGGAUGGCAGAGGACCAAGAGUUCACCCAGGUCUGCAAGUUGCCUCCACAGUCCUCACACCCACAUUGCAUCAACAACACCUACCGGAGUGCACAGCACUCCCAGGCCCUGCUGCGUGGCCUGCUGGCCCUGCGUGACAGUGGGAUUCUUUUUGAUGUUGUUUUGGUGGUGGAAGGGAAACACAUCGAGGCUCACCGCAUCCUGCUGGCUGCAUCCUGCGAUUACUUCAGAGGCAUGUUUGCUGGGGGACUGAAAGAGAUGGAGCAGGAGGAGGUGCUGAUCCACGGCGUGUCCUAUAAUGCUAUGUGCCAGAUCCUGCAUUUUAUAUACACCUCUGAGCUUGAGCUCAGCCUGAGCAACGUGCAGGAAACAUUGGUGGCUGCCUGCCAACUUCAGAUCCCAGAAAUUAUACACUUUUGCUGUGACUUCCUCAUGUCCUGGGUGGAUGAGGAAAACAUCCUUGACGUGUAUCGGCUAGCAGAGCUAUUUGAUUUGAGCCACCUGACCGAGCAGCUGGACACCUACAUCCUCAAGAACUUUGUGGCCUUCUCACGGACUGACAAGUACCGCCAGCUCCCCCUGGAGAAGGUCUACUCCCUUCUCAGCAGCAACCGCCUAGAAGUCUCCUGUGAGACCGAAGUCUACGAGGGUGCCCUGCUCUAUCAUUAUACCCCUGAGCAGGUGCAGGCUGACCAGGUUAUGCUUCAUGAACUUCCCAAACUCCUGGAGACUGUGCGGUUCCCGCUGAUGGAACCCGAGGUCCUACAGCGGCUCCACGACAAGCUGGGUCCCAGCCCACUACGAGAUAUAGUGGCCAAUGCCCUCCUGUACCACCGGAAUGAGAGUUUGCAGCCCAGCCUGCAGAGUCCUCAGACAGAGUUGCGUUCAGACGUCCAGUGUGUUGUUGGCUUUGGGGGCAUUCAUUCCACACCCUCCACGGUCCUCAGCGACCAAGCAAAGUACCUGAACCCCCUAUUAGGAGAAUGGAAGCACUUCACUGCCUCCCUGGCGCCUCGGAUGUCCAACCAAGGCAUUGCGGUCCUGAACAACUUUGUGUACUUGAUCGGAGGGGACAACAAUGUCCAGGGAUUUCGUGCUGAGUCCCGGUGCUGGAGGUAUGACCCGAGGCACAGUCGGUGGUUUCAGAUCCAGUCCCUGCAGCAGGAGCAUGCCGACCUGUGUGUGUGUGUCGUGGGGAGGUACAUCUACGCUGUAGCAGGCCGCGACUACCACAAUGACCUAAGUGCUGUGGAGCGCUACGAUCCUGCCACCAACUCCUGGGCCUACGUGGCCCCACUCAAAAGGGAGGUAUAUGCCCAUGCUGGUGCAGCGCUAGAGGGGAAGAUGUACGUCACCUGUGGCCGAAGAGGAGAGGACUACCUGAGGGAGACUCACUGCUAUGACCCGGGCAGCAAUGCCUGGCACAACCUGGCAGAUGGGCCAGUGCGGCGGGCCUGGCAUGGCAUGGCUACCCUCCUCAACAAGCUGUAUGUCAUCGGGGGCAGCAACAAUGAUGCAGGCUACAGAAGGGAUGUGCACCAGGUAGCCUGCUUCAGCUGCACAUCUGGCCAGUGGUCAUCAGUCUGCCCACUCCCAGCUGGGCAUGGUGAGCCUGGCAUGGCCGUGCUGGACAACAGAAUCUACGUGCUGGGUGGUCGCUCACAUAACCGUGGCAGCCGCACAGGCUAUGUGCACAUAUACGAUGCAGAGAAGGACUGCUGGGAGGAGGGGCCACAAUUGGACAAUUGUAUUUCGGGGCUGGCUGCCUGUGUGCUCACCCUGCCCCGCUCCCUGCUUCUCGAGCCACCCCGAGGAACACCCGACUGGAAUCCCGACCGCAGCCAGGCCGACCCAGACUUUGCCUCGGAGGUGAUGAGUGUGUCUGACUGGGAGGAGUUUGACAACUCCAGUGAGGACUAGGCUCC